UUCUUUCCCUUUUGCUAUCUACCAUGUUGCGUCGAAUCUCAACUUUGAAUUUGACAACCUUAGGGAAUUCGAUCAAAGCACAAACACUUUAUAAACCAACAGCCAUUUGCUUACAGCAACAACGUUUUGCCGGCCAUAAUAAAUGGAGCAAAGUCAAGCACACAAAAGGCGCCAAAGAUGCUAAAAAAAGUAUCAUGUUCUCUAAAAUUGCUUUAGAAAUCGUAUCCGCUGCUCGAGCGGGCGGUACUGAUCCCAAUGUAAAUAAUAAGUUGCAAGCCAUUUUAAACAGAGCAAAAGCAUCCAACAUGCCCAAAGAUAAUAUUGAAAAUGCACUGAAAAAGGCCAAUGAUAAAAACAAGGAUGAUCUUGAAAAUGUCUUAUAUGAAUGUGUUGGUCCUGGAGGCAUUGCCUUGAUUGUUGAAGCAUUGACUGAUAAAAAGUCUCGUACAGUCAAAGAAGUGAAAGAAGUGUUAAACCGUGUUGGCGGUUCUGUCACUUCUGUUGGUUAUUUGUUUGAAAAGAAGGGUAAAGUAGUAUUUUCUGCUGGAGAAUCUGGACACUCAUUUGAACAAAUCAUGGACAAUGCUAUCGAUUGUGGUGCUGAAGAUAUUGAAGAAGACCCUGAAGAAAACUUGGUUGAAGUUGUUUGCGAGUUUUCUGAGCUCAAUAAUGUAUCAAAAGCUUUAAUGGACCAUCAAUACGAAGUACAGCAAAUUGAAGCUACUUAUAUUCCUUUAAGUUCAGUACAAGUUGAAGACAAGGAAACGAUUGAACUGGUUGAAAAGUGUUUAGAAGAUAUGGAGAAUUUAGAUGAUGUUGUCAAAAUCCACAGUAAUGCUGUUGUAGAAUAAAAAGAAAAAAAAAAGAAAAACUUUAUUAACA